AUGUUCGGCGGCACAGUACUGGAAACAGAGUUGCCGGAGACUGCCUUUGGUUACUUUCUGAAGGACACUGUCGGGAUCGUAAUAGAUGAAGACAUUGAUUACCUCCCUAGUCUUUCGCCACCAAAGCACUCUUCUCGAUCCUCCACCGUCGGUAGCGACGACUGGACUCAAAAUGUUGUCUCAACACUUACGACUGAUUCCGACACACUCCCAUCAGAGCUCGCGCUGACACAGGCGUACGCUUGGGCUCUCGGAUCUGGGAUCUCGCCGUGCAUCACACCAUCUACGGAAGCCCAAGCGACCGCUUUCUUCUUCCGCAACUUCGUGCUUCUACCUCAAGAAGCUGAGAGCAUGCGAGGGUUUCUGGAGCUCAUUCUCCCACUCUACAAUACCGCCAGUCACUCGUCGCCCCUACAUUCUAUCACUCACUGCGUUGCACUUUCAGUACUGGGAAACUAUCCGGGAAGGCAACACAUGGUCCAAGAAGCCACUGUAAAGUAUGGAGAAGCUUUGCAAAAAGUCCGCGAGGCUGUCAAAAACCCGGAUUUAGCGAAGACUGACGAGACAUUGUUGUCGGUAUUGAUGUUUUCGCUGUACGAGGCCAUGACCUCUACGAAUGACUCGAUCGCAGCAUGGGCCAACCACGUAGAUGGAGCGGUUGCUCUUGCGAAGCUACGAGGAGUGGACGAAUAUCAACAUCCGACAUCUGUGGGGCUCUUCCGCGCCGUCCGAACAAUGAUGCUCACAAGCUGUGUCCAGCAGUCGAAGCCGGUGGACGAUUUUCCAGGGCCGGAGGGAUGGAUGAGCGUUGGCGCUUCGGAUGAGAACGCCGCGAACAGGCUGACAGUGUUGUCUCUUCAAUUGCCAGAAAUCCGGGCCCGCAGCAAGGCGCUUGUAAACCGCCACAGAAACACCACCGCCAUGUUAGAGGCUCUCGCUCUAUUGAACGACGCUUCACGAGUGGACGGGGACCUGGAACAGUGGGCACGCACGCUGCCAGACGCCUGGGGUUACAAGACUGUCUCCUGGAAACACGACAUGCCUGACGAUCUAGCGAAUGCACCGCAAUACCCCGGGCCGAAGCACGUUUACGAGGACACCUUCAUCGCGAACAUCAUGAAUGAUUACAGAGUGAGCCGCAUCUUCUGCCAAUCGGUCAUCCUUUCCUGCACGGCCUGGCUGUCGCCUCCAGGUGAGGACUUGUCCACGGAAUCACAAUGUCUCAUUGCACGCCACACGAUCCAGCAGAUGGUCGACGAUAUCUGCGCCAGCGUCCCCUUCCACAUGGAUUACUCCCUCCAAUCCAAAGCGCGAUCCAUGGGGCAAGACGAAGGUGCUGCAGAAGCCCUCGGCGGCUACUUUCUCGUCUGGCCUAUUUUCGUUGCCGUAAACACAGAGUCUGUGCCGCGACAACAGCGCGAGUGGCUCCAAGGUCGCCUGUCCCACAUCGGCCACACUUUCGGGCUUAAUCAGGCGCAGGUGCUGCUGCUCGCGCGGCGACACGUCCUAACUUGCGGGCCUGUAUUUCCAUAA